AGACCUCCCCCAGAACGAGGCUGGGUUUCCAUUGAAAGUCUUCACUGCAUUCCACUUCAUUCAUGCUGAGAAGCAGCAGUAGAUACACUGUAGCAGGGAGCGAGUACACAGACUAGGAAAAGAAAUAUCCAUGAGUUUGGGAAUGUAAUUAUGGCAAGGAUAACCAAUUCAGGAUCAGUUUUAAUCGGUAUCUUCGUUUGGCCACUGCAGACGAUGCGAUAGAUAACAGAUCCAGAUAAAGAGAAAAAGACGUUGGAUCAAUAAGUUAUUUAUUUUAUUUAAUUUAAAAUUAAGCAGCAGAAGGGAGAGAACUGCUCACCCAUAAAACACCCAGAGAAAAUGAAGACACUUUUUGACAAAAAUCCCUGGCCAUUCUCGUACCUGUGGAGUCUUUUAAUUUUAGGGGUGAUAGCCUCGGCAGUGGCAGAGGGGACCCCAUCACUUUUCAAAACUUUCUUCACCCAAGACUGGGGCCUGACGCACUUGGUGAUCCACAAUAAAACUGGGGAAGUCUAUAUAGGAGCCGUCAACAGGAUUUAUAAGCUUUCAGACGACCUCACUCUCUUGAGGACUCACAUGACUGGCCCGGUAGAUGACAAUGAGAAGUGCUAUCCUCCUCCCAGUGUCCAGUCGUGUCCACAUGGUUUGGUAGUCACCAACAAUGUCAACAAACUCUUGCUAGUGGACUACACUCAAAAUCGCAUCAUUGCAUGUGGUAGCGCCUCUCAGGGAAUCUGCCAGUUUCUGCGGCUGGACGACCUCUUCAAGCUUGGGGAGCCCCACCACCGCAAGGAACACUACCUCUCCAGCGUCAAUGAGUCUGGCACCAUGUCUGGCGUUAUCAUCAGUGGACCCAAUGAGCUCAAGCUCUUCAUUGGGACCCCCAUCGAUGGCAAGUCGGAGUACUUCCCUACCCUCUCCAGCCGGAAGCUCAAGGUCAAUGAGGAAGACGCUGAGAUGUUCAGCUUCGUCUACCAGGAUGAGUUUGUGUCCUCCCAGCUCAAGAUCCCCUCCGACACCCUUUCCAAGUUUCCAGCAUUCGAUAUCUACUACAUCUACAGUUUCAGCAGUGAACAGUUUGUCUAUUACCUCACCCUCCAGCUGGACACCCAGCUGACUUCUCCAGACGCUAGCGGGGAACAGUUUUUCACCUCCAAGAUCGUUCGCCUAUGUGUGGACGACCCCAAGUUUUACUCCUACGUGGAGUUCCCCAUCGGUUGCAAGAAGGACGGAGUGGAAUAUUUUCUUAUCCAAGAUGCUUAUCUUAGCAAGCCCGGCAAGCACUUAGCUAGGUCGCUGGGGAUCUCGGAGAAAGAGGACAUCUUGUUCACAAUCUUCUCGCAGGGUCAGAAGAACCGGGCCAAGCCACCCAAGGAGUCGGCCAUGUGCCUCUUCACCUUGCGCAAAAUCAAGGAAAAGAUCAAGGAGCGGAUUCAGUCCUGUUACAGAGGAGAAGGCAAGCUGUCCCUGCCCUGGCUGCUGAACAAGGAGCUAGCCUGCAUCAACUCGCCCUUGCAGAUUGAUGACAAUUUCUGUGGGCAGGAUUUUAAUCAGCCACUGGGUGGGACAAGCACCAUUGAAGGAAUACCCUUGUUUAUCGACAAAGAAGACGGAAUGACUUCAGUGGCAGCUUAUGACUACAGAGGAAACACUGUCGCCUUUGCAGGGACGAGGAGUGGGAAAAUGAAAAAGAUUCUGGUGAACUCUGUGAACCAGGCCCAGCCCGCUUUGCUGUAUGAGGACGUGGAGGUAAGCGAGGGGAACCCUAUCCUGCGAGACCUCGUCUUCAGCCUGAACUAUCAGUACAUCUACACCAUGACGGAGAAGCAGGUGAGCCGAGUCCCAGUGGAAAGUUGUGAGCAGUACAGGAGCUGUGGAGAGUGCCUGGGCUCUAAGGAUCCUCACUGUGGUUGGUGUGUCCUUCAUAAUAUCUGCUCCCGCAAGGAUAAAUGUGAGCGAGCGGACGAGCCCCAGCGCUUCGCCUCGGACCUGCACCAGUGUGUGCAGCUGAGUAUCCAACCACAGAACAUCUCCGUCACCAUGUCUGAGGUCCAGCUGGUGCUCCAGGCACGCAAUGUACCUGACCUAACAUCUGGAGUCAACUGCUCCUUUGAGGAUUUGACGGAGAGCGAGGGAAGAAUCGAGAAUGGGAACAUCUACUGUCUCUCUCCCACCGCAAAAGAUGUCAUCCCUAUUACGAGGGGCCAGGGACAUAAACGAACAGUCAAACUGUACCUCAAAUCCAAAGAGACUGGGAAGAAGUUUGCAAGUGUCGACUUUGUGUUCUACAACUGCAGUGUUCACCAGUCUUGCCUAUCUUGUGUUAAUGGAUCCUUCCCCUGCCACUGGUGCAAGUACCGUCACAUUUGUACCCAGAAUGCAGCAGACUGUUCAUUCCAAGAGGGUCGUGUCAAUGUGUCAGAGGACUGUCCCCAGAUCCUCCCUUCCACCCAGAUCUACAUCCCAGUGGGGGUUGUGAAACCCAUCACCCUGGCUGCAAAGAACCUCCCUCAGCCCCAAUCUGGCCAGAGGAACUACGAGUGCAUCUUCCACAUCCAGGGAGCCGUGAUCAGCGUCACCGCUCUGCGCUUCAACAGCUCCAGCAUCCAGUGCCAGAACACCCAGUAUUUCUAUGAAGGAAAUGACAUCAGCGACCUUCCUGUUGACCUCUCCGUGGUGUGGAAUGGAAACUUUGUCAUUGACAAUCCCCAAAAUAUUCAAGCCCACCUGUACAAAUGCACUGCCCUGCGGGAGAGCUGCGGUCUGUGUCUCAAAGCCGACCCACACUUUGAAUGCGGCUGGUGCGUUCAGGAGAAGAAGUGCUCCCUGCGGCAAAACUGCCUCCCCCAAGAAAGCAGCUGGAUGCACGCCAAUGCCGGGAACAGCAGGUGCACCAAUCCCAGAAUCACCAAGCUGUUUCCAGAAACUGGGCCCAGGCAAGGCGGGACCAAGCUCACCAUCAUUGGUGAGAAUCUGGGCCUGAAGUUCCGAGAUAUCCAAUCGGGUGUGAGAGUGGGGAAGGUUCCCUGCAACCCAAUUGAAGCAGAGUACAUCAGUGCCGAACAGAUUGUGUGUGAGGUUGGAGAUGCCACUGGGUACAGAGCCCAGGAAGUACACGUGGAAGUGUGUGUGAGAGACUGCAACCCAGACUACAAGGCCGUCUCUCCUAAACCAUUCACCUUUGUGACCCCCAAUUUCUACCGUGUUAACCCACCAAGAGGUCCCUUGUCUGGGGGGACCCAGAUUACGAUCGAGGGGAACCAUCUCAAUGCAGGCAGCACCGUCACAGCUAACAUUGGGCUUCACCCCUGCAGAUUUGUGAGGAGAAGUGCCAAAGAGAUUGUGUGUGUGACCCCUGCUGGACAGAUCCCAGGUGGGGCCCCAGUUAUGGUGAAUAUCAACUGGGCCGAGCUGAGAAACCCAGAGGUCAAAUACAAUUACACAGAUGACCCGACCAUCUUGAGAAUAGAGCCUGAGUGGAGCAUUGCCAGUGGUGGAACUUCUUUGACCAUAACAGGCACCAACUUGGCCACCAUUAAGGAACCAAAGAUUCGAGCUAAGUACGGCACUGCCGAAUCCUUCAAUAACUGCACUGUGUACAAUGACACCACCAUGGUUUGUUACGCUCCUUCCAUCGCUGAAACUGAAAAAAUCAUCCCGGACAGUGGAGAGCGGCCGGAUGAGAUUGGGUUCAUCAUGGACAAUGUGCAGUCUGUGCUGGUCGUCAAUGGAACCGGGUUCAACUUCUUUCCAAACCCGGUCUUUGAGCAACUCAGCCCCUCUGGCACCCUGGAGCUCAAACCUAGCUCCCCCCUCAUACUCAAGGGACGGAACUUGAUCCCGGCUGCCCCCGGCAACUCCCGCCUGAAUUACACCGUCUUUAUUGGAGAAACCCCCUGUGUUCCCACUGUAUCAGAGACACAGCUGCUCUGUGAAUGGCCAAACCUUACCGGCCAGCACAAAGUCACUAUUAAAGCUGGUGGUUUCGAGUUUUCUCCGGGAACGCUGCAGAUCUACUCCGACAGCCUACUGACUCUUCCGGCCAUCAUCGGGAUCGGUGGAGGCGGAGGCUUGCUGCUGCUCAUCAUCAUCGUCGUCCUCAUCGCCUACAAGCGCAAGUCCCGCGACGCCGACCGUACCCUGAAACGCCUGCAACUGCAGAUGGACAACCUGGAGUCCCGAGUGGCUCUGGAGUGCAAGGAAGCUUUUGCCGAGCUUCAGACGGAUAUCCACGAGCUGACGAAUGACCUGGACGGCUCUGGCAUUCCCUUCCUGGAUUACCGGACCUAUGCCAUGAGAGUGCUGUUCCCAGGGAUUGAAGAUCAUCCAGUUCUUAAAGAGAUGGAGGUCCAGGCCAACGUUGAGAAAGCACUGACACUGUUCGGGCAGCUGUUGAACAAGAAGCACUUCCUCCUGACCUUCAUCAGGACCCUGGAGGCCCAGCGCAGCUUCUCGAUGCGGGACCGUGGCAACGUGGCAUCGCUCAUCAUGACAGCACUGCAGGGCGAGAUGGAGUACGCCACCGGAGUCCUCAAACAGCUCCUCUCAGACCUCAUUGAGAAGAACCUGGAGAGCAAGAACCACCCCAAGCUGCUUCUCCGAAGGACCGAGUCUGUUGCAGAGAAGAUGCUGACAAAUUGGUUUACAUUCCUGCUCUACAAGUUUUUGAAGGAGUGUGCCGGAGAGCCUCUGUUCAUGCUGUAUUGUGCCAUCAAGCAGCAGAUGGAGAAGGGACCAAUAGAUUCCAUCACAGGCGAAGCCCGAUAUUCCCUGAGUGAGGACAAGCUGAUCCGCCAGCAAAUCGACUACAAGACCCUGACUCUCCACUGCCUGAAUCCAGAGAAUGAAAAUGCCACGGAAGUCACUGUGAAGGGUCUAAACUGCGACACAGUCACCCAGGUGAAGGAAAAGCUGCUAGAUGCUGUAUACAAAGGGAUGCCAUACUCGCAGAGACCCAAAGCAGGGGACAUGGAUCUUGCAGAGUGGCGGCAGGGCCGGAUGGCAAGGAUCAUCCUGCAGGACGAGGAUGUGACCACCAAGAUCGACAACGACUGGAAGAGACUUAACACCCUGGCACACUACCAGGUGACUGAUGGGUCUCUAAUUGCUCUGGUACCCAAGCAGAACUCUGCAUACAACAUCUCCAACUCCUCUACCUUCACCAAAUCACUUAGCAGAUAUGAGAGCAUGCUUCGCACAGCCAGCAGCCCAGACAGCCUGCGGUCACGUACGCCCAUGAUCACACCAGACCUGGAAAGCGGCACCAAGCUCUGGCACCUGGUGAAGAACCACGACCACUCGGACCAGCGAGAGGGCGACCGCGGCAGCAAGAUGGUCUCUGAGAUAUACCUGACGCGGUUACUCGCCACAAAGGGUACAUUACAGAAGUUUGUUGAUGACCUCUUCGAGACGAUAUUCAGCACCGCACACCGCGGCAGUGCUCUUCCACUAGCCAUUAAGUACAUGUUCGACUUCUUGGACGAGCAAGCGGACAAACACCAGAUUAGUGACUCUGAUGUCCGGCAUACAUGGAAGAGUAACUGCCUACCUCUACGUUUCUGGGUGAAUGUCAUCAAGAACCCCCAGUUCGUGUUUGACAUCCACAAGAACAGUAUUACAGAUGCCUGCCUCUCGGUGGUGGCUCAAACCUUCAUGGACUCCUGCUCCACGUCUGAGCACAAGCUAGGCAAGGACUCUCCCUCCAACAAGCUGCUGUACGCAAAAGACAUUCCCAACUACAAAAACUGGGUAGAGAGGUACUAUUCAGAUAUCUCUAGAAUGUCAGCAAUCAGCGACCAGGACAUGAGCGCCUACCUAGCGGAACAGUCCCGGCUCCACCUGAGUCAGUUCAACAGCAUGAGUGCUCUGCAUGAGAUCUACAACUACAUUGUCAAGUACAAAGAAGAGAUACUGUCUGCCUUGGAAACAGAUGAACAAGCCAGACGGCAGAGACUGAGGAGUAAGCUGGAGCAGGUGAUUGACACCAUGGCUCUUGGCAGCUGAAGCUCCACAGACACUGGACUGAAAGGAGAGUUUUUCUGAACUAAAAAUUGAGGGUGGGGGGACCGAAGCAGUGCAUUGUGGAACCUGCAGGACUGGGCAUGCGUAGCCUGUCUCAAUUAAAGUCGUUUUAAGACAUUUUGGAAAAAACAGACUAACUUACCAUGGACAAACAUAUAAACAUUGAAGAAUCAAGAGAGAGAGAGAAAAGGAACAGAGAAGCAGCAAAUUUGUGGCUUUAGGAGCAGUUCCUCUGAUCACGUGACUUGUCACAUGACAAAUUCUGGAUGAGACUUUUGUUAACCUCAAGGACUUUUCUUUUUAAAUGUACUUGACUCUCUCUGCCUCCUGCCACCAGUGUUACUGCUACAUUUGCACAAUUUACAGAAUUAAAAAAAAUAAAAAUGCAUUUUUAAAGAAACAAACUAAAAAAAAUAGUGUUUUCAAUUAAAAAAAAAAAAAAAAUCAAUAUAAGGAGUUCCAUAAGCUUUGAUAUUUCCAAAAAAAAAAAGAAAAAAAAAAAAGUCCUGUGCCAUGUUUUAUUUGAAUGUUGUUUAGUGCAAAGACAUUUUGUUAGAUGAAAAAUGUGCUUUAAUUUAAAUGUUAACAUGCCUAGUGACCUGAAGUUAAUAAAAAAAUGAAUACAAAAAAUGACAAUGGAAGUUGAGAGAACAUGGUAAGGCCCUGACUUGAUAAAAUGUAGGAAUUGUAAAAGUAAAGUAAGUUGUACUGUAUUUACAGCAGCUCUCUGCAUUACGGUACUAGAAAUUCUUCGUUGUUACUUAGCAAGAGCAUUACCAUCAUGAAGGAACUAAAAUGUCUGUGACUUUAUCAGCAACUGAAAAUCAUUUUCAAAGAAUGCUGUUGCCACCUUCACAACAUUGCUAAAUACAUUAUUCAGUGCUUCUAAUUACAAAAUAACUUAUUUGACAAUCUCUCAGAACAUCUUCAUGCUCGAGUAUUAGUAGCGCUUUUUAAGUUGUGUAUUUGUUUUGCAUUCCAUUUUUACAAGCUGGUAUGCACAACAUUUUCCAGUAGCACAAUACAAGAUGAGUCAAAUAGAUAUAUAUAUAUAUACAAACAAGAGAAUGCUUGGGAAGACCAGGUGUUGCAAUGUUUGCUUUCCAUUCCUAGAACACUAUCAGAAACCACUGCUUCUGAGGAAGAUUAAACUUAUGAAAAUACUAUCAUCUGGCGAAUCAUGUUCAGUCUAGUUUGCUGUAGGGUUACUUCAAUAUGAAUUUCUUGCCCUUAUUCUUCUCAGGCCCCAGCAUUAGAUACUUACAGUUUUAUUGCAUAAGAAUGCAACAGCCAUUAUUUCCUCUGCAGCAAUCUAAUGAGGUCACAUAGGGCAUUUGGCUUAUUUGAACAGAAGGGGAAGAUCCCAAAGGAGCGUGAUUUUUUUUUUUUUCUCCAGAUAUCAUACAGAUUAGGUUGCAGAGUGCAGUCAAAGACAUAAAGAGAUUCUGAUUGCAAGUAGGAUGAUCUGAAGAGGACAAGCUUUGAGAGUAGUUGCUAUUUAUCAACUUGAGAUUUAAUAAGCUCAAUAGCAGCCCAUUAUUAAAAGGAUGACUUUCAUCGUCAUGGGUUAAGUCACAUUUUGUGACUUGAAAGUUUGAAGGUUAUCCUCCUUGCCUAAAUUUUGCUGAGGUUGAUAGUAGUGAAUCUUAGUUUUGCUUUAAUAUGUGAAGCUGCAUUUGUCCACUUUUAUCCCGAUGCUCAGAUGUCAGGUACACAAAGUUACACAAACAAUAGGCACAUGCAGGCAUACAACUUUUGUUUUCUUUAUUAAGGUCCUUUUGAAGUUGAGUUGCUUCUCCUUGCUGUCAAUAUAUUUAUCAUCCUGCUUUUACUUUGAGAAUUUAGAUCAUAUGUUUGUGUUAUAAAUGGAGAUUGCUGUUACAUCUUGUGAUUUUUUUUUAAACCCAGUAACUUCAGAAUGGGAUGCUUUCAAACAAUACCACCCCCAAAAAAUUUACAUAAAUACAUUUGGUUUUGGACCCAGCUUUUCUCUCAAGUUCCAAAUGACCUACAGUUCAACAAGUAGAUAAAAUAUGAGUUGAUAUCAGUUCUUCUUGGAAAGGCUGAAUGUGUGCCAUAGACUGUGACUGAUAGGCUUCUACAGAGUAAGGGUGUACAAGAAUGAGUCUUGGUUUGAUAUUGUUAUUCAAAUUACGUCAAUGUAGUUAUUUACUUUAGGCCCAAGUAGCCCAUGGACCUCUUAGAAUUCUUGUGGUGGCCAUCUCCCUGUUCAAGUAGACCAGAUUUUAAUUAGUUUACAGCCAUUAUGGUUGGGGGCAGAGUAAACACAGCAGCUUUAUAAAGUCCACUUUGUGCUGCAAACCAGAUUGAAUGAUGUCAUCCAUCAUUAAAUGUGUGACUUUGAAAAUGCUGCAUUAUUGUGCUUUGUGUUUCGAUAUAACACCCUCAAGAUAACUGCAUGUCUGCCAUACUAAGCAGCAAUAAAGCACAGGUGUUAGCUACAGCGCCCUCUAUGGCCGGUGGUGGUAGUCCUAGAAUCAAUAGUUGGAUGCUGCACCUGCCUGAGUUAAAUGGCUUUUCAACAAUAGCCACACAAAGUACAUUUAUUAUUCCCCAUAUACAGUAAAAACGUCUGUGCAGCUUUUUGCUGGCCACCACCACCAAGUUCAAACUUUGUAUCUUUAACAUGGAAACUGACAUUGGGAAUGCCUGGUUCACUUUUUUUUUUUUUUUUUAGCUGCCUAUCCAUUGCAGAACAGUUUAACGAUUGUAAAAAACCACUGGUUCAAUUGUAAUUUUUCAAUGUCUCAGGAUUUAUUUUGGAGGUCCUGUGGAAAACUGCAUGAAUGCUUUAGACUUUAGUAAGAGUUACUCUUUUGAAAGAAAUUAUUAUAAUAAAAAAUGUAAGUGUUGAGGCAGUUCUUUUUCAUUUAAUUUGUCGCUACUAUAUAAAACAAGAGACUUAAUGGUGCAACUCAUUUCAUUGAAUGGUACUAAACUAUUGUGUAUAAUACAAGAACAGCUGUUUUUGAUGUCUUUUUAAAUUGAAAUGAUUCAAAAGAAAGGACAAUGCUGUUGGAUUAACUGCAAAAGAUAUAAUUCCAUGGCAACUUUAACAAAUAUUGGUUUUCAUGGUAGAAGCAGCCAUUGUAGUGAGCAAUUGUGUCAUUUAAUGGCAAUGCACAGUUGCAUUUUUUUUUUCUUGACCACUUUCUUACAGCAUUAGCAUUAGCUCUGCCCAGUGUGCAACUACAGCACAUCUCCCAUAUUAUGUUCACAUUAAAUAUUCCUAACCCUAACCAUAAAAUCAUUACCUCUUGUUCUCUCCAAUGGGGUUUGAUAAUCCUACCUGAAACAGAAUUUGGUUUCUUAGACAAUUAUUGUCAUGUUGUCUUCAUAUCACAAAUGUAAUUUGCAACAGUGUGCAUCCUUUCAUUUUUUUAAUCAUGUCUAUUUGAAAUCGGCAGUCCUUUUUAAACAUAGAAACAAAAUAAAAUACAUAAAACAAAUUGAUUUUAUUACUAUAAGAAUAGUGGUUAAAUGUAGAAGAUUGUUUCAGUCUUGAAGCAACUGUGACAAGUUGGCUGUUUAACGCUCGUUGUGUAAAUAUCCUGCUAAUUCCUAUUUUGCAGAUUUACUACUUGUAAAUAAACACACGCAUCAAGGAGAGAUUAAAUUUUUUUUUGCUAAAUAAAGCAUUUUGUCUGUCA